AUGUCUGCAAGUCCAGAUUUGGGGUUGGAGGUAUGGUCCUGGAGGGAAACUUUUACCCCCCUUCUCUGGACCAUCUCUUUCAUAUUCUUCGGAUUGCUGGCACUUUCAUUCCCACGUCGUUUCCACACCUCCAGCUCAUUGACCUUGAUAACCCUUUCUGUGGUGCUAGCUAUAGCCACCUCGGAAGAUCUCUUCCCUGACGAAUUCGUGACAGUCAUCUAUUGGCGGUUCUGCAUCAUAUACAUUGCCCAUAUUUUCUUUCUUCUCUGCUCUAGAAAAUCCCAGAGCAAUGUUCGUGGCGUGUCUGAUGGACAGCCCUGGCUUCGUGGCUACAAGCUACUGUUCAACCCACGGGGAAUCCGCACGACUUGGGAGAGCCCAGACACUCUUGCCACUUCCACGUCCCAUCAGAGCCCAGAUGGGCGGAAGACCGGAAGACGGCUGGCAAUGGUCAAACGGCUAGCGGUUCUCUGCUUCGAGAUCUUGGUCAUGUCUUUCUACCAUGAGUUCUUCAAUACCACUGUUGCACUAUACAUCCGGCCGAUGGCAGCAGACUUCACUCCCGAGAAAGUCAGCAUCAUCCGUAGAAGCCUCCUCGCGCUCUUCAGGAAGAACACGGACCUCACCCUUGCUGCCAUUGCCCGGGAAUGGAUGAUUCGCUUAUGGCACAUGGUUGACGAUCACAUAUCCGAGGUCUUGUGGCUCACGGCCUACCAUGACGGCUUCGCCAUCUUCUUCUCGGGCAUUCUUGGUCUGGACUCGCUUGACGAAUGGCCCCCAAUCUUCGGUUCCGUCUCGCACGCAGCGACGAUGCGAGGUUUCUGGGCUCAUUUCUGGCACCGGUUGAUCUAUAAAUCCUUUUCCUACCACGCUGGGCUCCUAUGCACUCGUGUUCUGCGUCUGCGAGAUCGUACUGUGGUACGCUACGCGCGCAACCUCGCUGUCUUCGUUCUGUCUGGCCUGAUGCACGCGUUCGUUGAUUGGAGGAGGGGCGCAAAAUGCGCCUUGUCAGCCAACAUGUGGUACUGGUCAAUUCAGCCUCUGGCGUUUGUGCUUGAGGACGUCAUGCAGUACGCGUGGAUGAGAUUCUUGAGACCCAAGCCAGCGACGAAAACUGGUCGGAUUCUUUUGAUGGGCUUCGAGAGGACCGUCGGCUAUGCGUGGGUCCUCAUCUGGCUAAGCUGGUCAUACCCUAAACGGCGAUUCCAGGUUAUAGCAAAUUGUACAAUAUGA